AAAAAGCACCAUCCAUUCCUCAACUUGCACCCUUUUAACCCUCUCCCUCUCGAGCUCUCUCCUCCUCCUCCCUCCAAAGGGCAGUUGAUCGAUCUUUUCAUGGUUAAAGCUCUCAAAAGGGACGUUGCUUUGAAUAACAGCAUGGGUGGUGAUCAUCAUAGAGAGAGAAACAAGAAAGAAUCCGAUAAUGAUGAUGAUGAAGAUGAAAUGGAAUACGAAGUGCAAGAUUUGAGAGACAGGAUAAAAUCAUCAAGAGGGAGUCGAUUUAAUUUGAUAGAGAAUGAGUUUGGACUCGUUAAUAAUACCGAGUCAUCGUUGAUUACAAAUUUGAGAAGAAAACUGAGUCGUGAAUCGGUUAUUAAUGGUAUUCGUUACGUCUCCACAGGUCCCGUUAUCCAUCCCGAUAACUGGUGGUAUCGUGCAUGGACAAUAUUUAUACUAUUAUGGGCAGUGUACUCUUCCUUCUUUACACCAAUGGAGUUUGGUUUCUUCAGGGGAUUGCCUGAGAAUCUCUUCAUAAUGGACAUAGUUGGACAGGUUGCUUUUCUUCUUGAUAUCAUUUUACAAUUCUUCGUUGCCUACAGAGACAGUCAGACUUAUCGUAUGAUCUAUAAGCGCUCACCUAUUGCUCUUCGGUACUUGAAAUCUCAUUUCAUCAUUGAUUUACUUGGCUGCCUGCCUUGGGACAUCAUCUUCAAGGUUUGUGGACGUAGAGAAGAAGUGAGGUAUCUUUUAUGGAUUAGGCUGAGCAGGGUGCGGAAAGUAACUUCUUUUUUCCAAAAACUGGAGAAAGAUACACGAAUUAAUUACCUCUUUACGAGGAUUGUAAAGCUUAUAGUAGUAGAACUCUAUUGCACACACACCGCAGCCUGCAUCUUUUACUAUUUGGCUACCACCAUGCCAGCUUCUCACGAAGGGUAUACAUGGAUUGGAAGUUUGAAGUUGGGUGAUUAUAAUUAUACAAACUUCAGGGAGAUCGAUAUUUGGAUGCGCUACACAACAUCUUUAUAUUUUGCCGUCGUCACUAUGGCCACCGUUGGGUAUGGAGAUAUACAUGCUGUUAACUUGAGGGAAAUGAUAUUUGUAAUGAUCUUUGUGUCCUUCGACAUGAUUCUCGGUGCUUAUUUGAUCGGAAAUAUGACAGCAUUAAUAGUAAAAGGUUCAAAGACAGAAAAGUUCAGAGAUAAAAUGACAGAUCUCAUCAAAUAUAUGAAUAGAAAUAGACUUGGAAAGGACAUCCGUAGUCAGAUUAAAGGCCAUUUGCGCUUACAGUAUGAGAGUAGCUAUACUGAGGCUUCUGCACUGCAGGAUCUCCCCAUCUCUAUUCGUGCUAAGAUUUCCCAAACUUUGUACACAGAAUAUAUUGAAAAGGUUCCCUUGGUUAAGGAUUGCUCUGCCGAAUUUAUUAAUCAAAUUGUCAUUAGGCUUCACGAGGAGUUCUUUCUCCCAGGAGAAGUAAUUAUGGAACAGGGGAACGUGGUAGAUCAACUUUAUUUUGUCUGUCAUGGUGUGCUGGAAGAGGUUGCAAUAGGGCAAGAUGGAUCAGAAGAAACUGUCAAACUUUUGCCUCCUAACAGCUCAUUUGGAGAAAUUUCUAUUCUUUGCAACAUUCCGCAGCCUUAUACAGUUAGAGUUUGUGAGUUAUGUCGGCUUUUACGGAUUGAUAAACAAUCUUUAUCAAAUAUACUUGAGAUUUACUUUUACGAUGGACGCAGAAUCUUGGACAACCUUUUAGAGGGGAAAGAAUCCAAUCUUCAAUAUAAGCAGUUGGAAUCAGAUAUUACAUUUCAUAUUGGGAAGCAAGAAGCUGAACUUGCUUUGCGGGUGAAUAGCACAGCUUAUCAUGGAGAUCUUUAUCAGCUGAAGGGCUUGAUCCGAGCAGGUGCUGAUCCCAAUAGAACAGAUUAUGAUGGAAGAUCACCCUUGCAUCUUGCCGCAUCUAGAGGUUAUGAAGAUACCAUACGUUUCCUUAUUCAAGAAGGAGUUGACAUUAACAUCAAAGAUAAAUUUGGAAACACACCAUUGUUGGAAGCUAUCAAGAAUGGACAUGAUCGAGUUGCAUCUUUACUUUCUGAACAAGGGGCCAUCUUGAACAUAGAUGAUGCUGGGAGUGUUCUGUGUAGAGCUGUUGCAAGAGGGGAUUCAGAUUUUCUCAAAAGGGUUUUGUCCAAUGGAAUUGAUCCGAACUCUAAAGACUAUGAUCACCGGACUCCACUUCAUGUAGCUGCAUCAGAAGGAUUAUAUUUGAUGGCAAAGCUGCUGAUAGAAGCUGGUGCUAGUGUUUUCUCGAAGGACAGAUGGGGUAACACUCCACUUGUUGAAGGCCGGAUCUGUGGGAACAAGAAUUUGAUCAAGCUGUUAGAAGAAGCAAAAUCUUCCCAGAAAUUGGAAUUUCAUUAUGCCUCCCAUGAAACCACAGAAAAAAUGCUCCCAAAGAAAUGUACAAUUUUCCCUUUCCACCCAUGGGGUGCAAAAGAACAGAGAAGACCUGGAGUAGUGCUAUGGAUCCCACACACCAUGGAAGAGCUUGUAAAAGCAGCAUCAGAGAAGCUACAGCUUCCAGAUGGUUCUUGUAUAUUAUCAGAAGAUGCUGGUAAAAUUCUUGAAGUAGACAUGAUCGAUGAUGGCCAGAAGUUGUAUCUAACAAGUGAUCAAACAAAUCAGUUAUGAAGAUCACCACAGUUGUAAUAUAUGGUGGCCUAGUUUUGUUUUGUAUCAUCAUGUUUGUAUGAGUUUCUUCUGCCUGCUGCAUGUCUACGUUUUCUAAAUCUAAAUAAUGCUUAUGAUACAAGCAUGCGAUGAUUAUAUUUCUGCAAAUACAUGUCCAAGAGAGUUCAUUUGUUUCCC